UACCAUUAAUUUUUGGAGGCUGUUCGGAGGAUAAACGCUUUUAGAAAUUUUAUUUGGAGAAGAUAGCAUCAGUUUUAUCUCAGUGUAGCUAUAAUGGACUCCUGUGAGGAGGGAAAGGGUAUUCGCACCCUCAGUACAGUGUGCGAAGCAGCAGAAACUGCUGGAAUUCACAUGGUCCCAAACAAUCCGGUUCAAGUGUUACGAUUCUCUGAAGCAAUCAAUGGCAACGUUCGAUUGUUGGAGUUGAAUCCUGAAGUCGAGAAAUCGUUGAAACAAGGGGACAGGGUGGUGAUACGUGGCCUGGCCAGUGAUGAGGCAAUCCUGUGCACGGAGAGCAAAUCCUUUGAGGUGAAGGUAGUCGAGACAUCCAACACAAUGCUGUUGUGCCGCGACAUUCAAACACCCGGCAAAGAAGCGUUUACGGCUUCACAGAGCGCUGGCGGUGGACUCAUUCGCCAAGAGGUGUGCGGGUCUGCGUGCAGCUAUUUGGAGCUACGUCCGUGCCGCGGUCACCUGUCUCGUCUUGCUGAGGUGCUGUCCGAACACCAGUAUGCCGGACCGGAGACAGAACCUGAUAACUUUGUUGCCGGGUAUACGUUUCGUGACUUACUGGAUCUCGUCCAAGGAAGUGAGGAUGAGCUGUGGACAGGGCUGAAGCGAUGCAAAGCCUGCUGUAUCGAUGGUUUCUGGCGACUGCUGAGCGCGGACUAUUUUGAACAAGCGUUUGACCGGAUAGUCCAGUCCCUAGCAGAAAAGGACUGGCCAAUUUACGAGGUUCCGGUCGAUGAGUGUUGUGAGCUACUUACUGAUCUGCUGCCUCGCGUAAUCAUUGAGCACUGUCUCACGUGCUAUGGCAAGAAGAAUGACAAUGGUGCUACGUACUGCUUAGACGAGGAGCUUGUCAGUCAGUUCUACGCUGGAUACUUGCUACGCCGUGUUGCUAAAUUCAAUUAUGCUGAGUUCAUGGAGGUCUGGCAGCAAACAGUACCUUUGGGAAUCACAGUUGCGCUGGAGAUGCUAAAGGGCAUUGCUCUGCAUGACUUAACUGCACGACCACCUGUUGUUUGGCACUUCCCGGCGAAUUCCUUGCCAUACGACGUCAGUCCUAGAUUCAACGCUCUAUUUCAGGAGAGGACGAAAUGGACACUCAGCGACCUUCGUCCAUACAUUGAAGAUCUGGCUACACCACAGCAACCACUCGAAGCUAUACUUCUCAAGCACACUCGCUCUACCAUGGAUGUCACAGGCCAGAAGCUAUACAACUCUAGGCAUCCGCUCUAACGCUACCCUGCUCCGCUUGCUAUUGCCAAUGUAUUGUAUUGUUGCUGCUUGCUUACGCGUUGUGAAGAUUGUACAUGUACUAGGUUUAGACUUGUGCUGUAGUAGUUUACAUCCUUUUAGCUUACCCCUUCCCUCGCACAUUGCCUCUGCCAGUGCUUGGUGGGUGCUGUUUGUCGUGGGGUGAUUUCGGCGUUCGCCGCCUGAAUCAUCGUUGGCCUGCUUUGUAUGUGUGUGUGGACCGGGCCCAUUCUCUCACGCUGGUGUUUUGAGAGAUAGCUGAGUGUUCACUUUUUUUUUGCCCAUGGAUACGUCCUUUCUCUGUCCUUUCUCGGUGACAAUGCUGUUGUCACUGUGCGUUCCAUUAUCUUUCCUCCAUUCCGGAGUUACUUUCUGUACUUUCCCUGCUUCUUGCGAGUGCUGCCGGUGUUCGUGCUGUGCAUCUCCAAUUAUACAUGUACACAGUAUGCAAGUACUGGUGAACAUUUGCGUAAGAACACGGUGGCUAUCGUGGAGAAUUGCCAUACCGGUGAACA